AUGUACUACGCGGUAGUGGUACUGGCGAUCGUACUGUGCGCAUCAUCGCUGGCGAACGCGGCGGUGACCCUGCAGCAGCAGGACGUGCUACGGGCCUUCAUCGAAUCGAGGGGCAGGGCCCAGAAGCGCGCGAGCGGGCCGGCGGAGCCGGACACGUGGGCCGACCCGGCCAGCAGCUUCCGCCACCUGCCCACCAAGUGCGAGACCCCGCCGGCGGGCACCAGAGAGGCCGACAGGAUCGCGGCGCUGCCCGGCCAGCCCCCGCGCGUCAACUUUGACCAGUACUCCGGCUACGUCACGGUCAGCGAGGAGUACGGCCGCGCGCUCUUCUACUACUUCGUGGAGGCCCCCUACGAGGCCGCCUCCAAGCCGCUCGUGCUCUGGCUCAACGGCGGGCCCGGGUGCUCGUCGCUGGGCGCCGGCGCCAUGGCGGAGCUCGGCCCGUUCCGUGUGAACCCCGACGGCAAGACCCUGAGCAGAAACAGGCAUGCCUGGAACAACGUGGCAAAUGUGAUCUUUCUGGAGUCGCCGGCGGGCGUCGGGUUCUCCUACUCGAACGCUUCGGUGGAGAGCGGCGACUCGGGGACCGCGGUGGACGCCUACCUCUUCCUGCUCUACUGGCUGGAGAGGUUCCCCGAGUACAAGGGCCGCGACUUCUACAUCGCCGGCGAGAGCUACAGCGGGCACUACGUCCCCCAGCUCGCCACCGUCAUCGUCGCCCUCGCCGAAUUCGGUCUCACAGACGUGAACCUCAAGGGCAUCUUCGUUGGCAACCCAUACCUCGAUGACUACAUGAACACAAAGGGAUCGUUAGAGUUCCUGUGGAACCACGGGGUGAUCUCCGACGAGGUGUGGGGCAAUAUCAGCGAGCACUGCAGCUUCGGGCGGGUCGAGGGCACAGCGUGCGGCCAAGCCAAGAAGUCGUUCAAAACCGGCGACAUCGACCGAUACAACAUCUACGCCCCGGUCUGCAUCGAGUCGCCGGACGGGAGCCUCCACUCCAGCAGCUACUUACCAGGCUACGAUCCGUGCAUCGGGGCCUACAUCGACGCCUACUUCAACAGUCCUAAGGUGCAGAAGGCUAUGCAUGUUCGAACCGACACCAAGUGGUCAGAGUGCGCUGGUGAUAUGGACGAUGUGUGCCCGAUUACCGCCACGAGGUACUCUGUCAAGGAUCUCAAUCUGGCAAUAACAAAACCGUGGCGUCCAUGGUACACCCCUGACAGCGAGGUCGGAGGCUACGCUCAGCAAUACGAGGGAGGGUUCACGUUCGCGUCGGUACGAGGAGCUGGCCAUAUGGUCCCUAGCUUCCAGCCCAAGAGAUCACUUGUUCUUUUCUACUCCUUCAUGAAAGGUGUUCUGCCACCGGCGGUCUCAGUGUGGCGCCCAUGA